GGGCUCGCCACGGGCCGAGUGCGCAUGCGUGUUCGCCCCUCACCGGAAGUGGUCGCCGUGUUGCGGCGGGGAGGCCUGGCGGCGGCAGUGUGUUGGAAGCAAUGGAGAACUAUAAAAAGAGCAAGAUUGUGGAGAAGCCCUGUCCUCUGCCUUUCUCCAACCUGCCCUCAGACAUUAUCGAGAUGAAGGUGAAGGACGGCAGCAAGAUCAGAAACCUGAUGGGCUAUGCCAUCGGCAAGAUGGAGGCGGACGCUGUCAGGCAGAUCCUUUUCACUGGCUCGGGCAAAGCUGUCGGCAAGACCAUCACCUGCGUGGAAAUCAUGAAGCGGAGGCUCAAGGAACUCCACCAGGUCACCAAAGUGCUCUUCAGACAGAUUGAAGAGAUUUGGGAGCCCAUCGUGCCCGAGGCGGGCCUCGACACCUUGACAGUGAAGAGGAACAUCCCUGCCAUAUGCAUCUUGCUGAGCAAAGAUGCGCUCGAUCCCCAAGAGCCUGGUUAUCAGGCUCCAGGCUCUUUCGAGGCCUUCUGGAUUGAGACGCUCGCGGCAGAAUCCCAGGGCCAAAUGAAGAGGAAGCAGGGGGCGGGCAGGGGGACCGGCAGCACAGGAAAGCACCCCAGAUCUGUUGGCGAGCGUGGGGAGUCCUGCAAAAAGCCCUGAAGCAAAGACGUUCACAGAAGCAACCGACGGGAUGAGAAAACACACUGGCUCCUCGAACACUAACACUCAGCACGUGAUGCCAAGGUCAUUGAUGCAACAGGGCUGGAACGUAGGUCAGCUGAGGGAGGGAAGGAAAUGGGGUGUGAAAAGCAAUCCGGUCAAGCUGUUGUGAAUACAGACUCCUCUCAAAGCUAGUCUGACAUUCGCUUGGAAGAUUUAGGAUGCAGUGCCCAGUACUAGUGCACCCUCCGUCCUUGCUGGAGGUGGAUGGUGGCAGGUGCUGUGUGUUUGCACUCCGAGCUGUGAUUUAGGUGGUAUUUUCAGCUGCCCCCAGUCAGCGAUUGCAGUGCAGUUUUAUCGGGUGGGACCAACCAGCAGCCUUUGCAGCUGUGAGGUCCCUCUUCAGGGUGUGUUGUGUUCAUCCUUUGGAGACAGGCAAGUGCUCUGAACGGAGGACUGGGGUCUCUCUCGGUUCUGCCAGCGAUGCCCUGUGACCUUGGACUGCUCCCCUCUCCUCCGUGACUCGGUUUCCUCAUCUGUGCAAUGGGGAUGUUUACGUGCGUUUCGCGGGGAGUCGAGGGCUGGUUCGUGCAGAGGUUAUCUCAGUAUUACACUGCUUUUUGUAACUGCUAAUGGCAAACUCCAAAGCCAAAAGCUGGUUUCCUUUACUGCUGUUUUACCUUCACUAUUGAACAAAAAGUUGCCUCUUUAUUUAACAUUAAAAAAAUCUUUAGUUGGUUUUUCUUUCCACUGGAGACUUAAUAACGUUUGGAGGUUGGGACUAGGGACACUGGACUGAAGCCUAAGCACUGAGCUGUUCCUGAGAUGAAUGUGAGAGUUUUUCUUUUCGUCAAGAAACUUCUCAGUGGGGCCCAGAGCACGCGCGUUUCAGUCUCCUUCCCCAGCAUUUCACCUCAAACACCGAAAGGUUUUCUGACCUGUUUUGUCCGGAGUGAGGACAGCCCAGCUUUGUGUGCAGCGAAGCGGGGGUUUUUUGUUCAUUUAGAUUUAUUUAAGGUGUUCUUGCAGCAGUUCUGAAGGCAGGCAGGACUGUUUCGGGACCCGCCAAAAGCACCUUCUUCCCAGGAAAACUGCCAGGGCAACUGGACAAACACAUAAAUCAGUACUGGGAAGACGUGAACUGCAUGAGAUCCCUUUGUGAGGACGUGAAGGUUUUCCAGGCCCCGUAGCAGCCAUUGUGUUCCUCUGUUAGCCCCCUCCCAGCUUGCCUGAGGCGUCAUGAUAGCAACACUUUUUAUCGCUGCAGCUCAACGGUACAGAAAGUGAAGAUUUAUGCAAUAAUCAGUCCCUUCUGUGGGGUGGCUCUCACCUCUCCUAACACAAGCGCUCCAUUCAGGUAUCAACAGCCCGGCUCCAUUACCACGAAAUAAUAAGUCAAUUGUAUUGUGGGGCGGACGUACAAAGGCGGGUGGAACAACAUCGCGCCUGUCUUGAAAUGCGUGACCUGGAGAUGCCCCACUGACGUGGAUCCCCUUUGCUUCCAGCUUGAGUGGCUUUACUAAGAGCCGGGGCAGUCAGAAACCAGAUACCCUUCAACUCAGAUUCCUGGUCUAGGGACAGCACGAGUAAUCCUGAGACCCGUCUCCAUCCCACACUUCAUCCAGCAUUGACUCUUCACGUUUACUUGCGCGAGAAGCUGCCAAGCGUGUGUUGGCACGUGAGAAACUUGGGAGACUGGGAAGCUGCUUACGCAGCUCUGUGGGGGUUGGUUUCGUUCCGUUUUCAGACACGUUUCAAUAAACGGGGCCCCUGUUUUCGCUA